AUGUCAAAUAAUCCACAAGAUAUGUUCGCAAAGUUGCAGAGAAUGGUAACUGAAGCCGGUAGAAGUGGUGGCGGAGGACCAGCACCAAAGGGAAUAGUAGGUGGAGUAGCUGCACUUAUUGGAUUGGGCGGAAUCAUGGUCGUUGGAAAUAAUGCGCUUUUCAAUGUUGAUGGUGGUCACAGAGCUAUCAAAUAUACUAGACUCGGUGGUGUUAGCAAGGAGAUUUACACUGAAGGAACUCACUUCAAGCUUCCAUGGUUUGAGACUCCUAUAGACUACGAUGUUCGAGCAAAGCCACGCAAUGUCGCCUCCCUCACUGGUACAAAAGAUUUACAAAUGGUCAACAUUACCUGUCGUGUUCUUUCAAGGCCCCGAAUCGACGCCCUACCUCAAAUUUAUCGAACACUAGGUACCGACUAUGAUGAGAGAGUAUUGCCAUCUAUCGUGAACGAAGUUUUGAAAAGUGUUGUGGCGCAAUUCAACGCCAGUCAAUUGAUUACACAACGUGAGAUGGUCGCAAGAUUAGUCAGAGAGAAUUUGUCGAAGAGAGCAGCAAAGUUCAACAUCAUGCUUGAUGAUGUUUCCUUGACGCAUCUUGCAUUUUCUCCCGAAUUCACAUCAGCAGUUGAGGCCAAGCAAGUCGCACAACAAGAGGCUCAGCGUGCUGCAUUCGUUGUUGACAAGGCACGUCAAGAGAAACAAGCUAUGAUCGUCAAGGCCCAGGGAGAAGCACGAUCUGCAGAGUUGAUUGGUGAUGCUAUCAAGAAGAGUCGAUCAUACGUUGAUCUCAAGAGAAUCGAGAAUGCCAGAGUAAUUGCUCAAAUCAUUCAAGAUGCCGGUGGAAAAAACAAACUGUACCUGGAUUCGGAGGGAUUGGGCCUGAAUGUCACUGAGGCAUUUGAGGACAAAAAUAAGAAGGCAUAA